CAUUGUUUUGUACGCGUGCUGUAAGAACCCGGAAGUUUCAGUCUGUACCUUGCAGAGUGACAGUGAUUAGAGAGCCUGUGACAUCUCUGAAGUGUGGAGCACUUCUUGCCUGGAUGUCAUGUGGCGGCCGCACGCUUUCUGGUGCUCUGUGAAGUCGGCAUUCCGCAGGGAUAACGAGCCGCCUUACCUUAACGAUACCAGUGGCUUUGACCUGUCAGAUGAAACUGCUGAAGAAGAGCCCCCUCGAUUUAAUAAGCUGCGGGUACUAGUAGCGGACGAGGCACCGGCUGCAAAUGGGGGACACACUGCUCUAUCCGUGGACGACGAGUCUCUUUUGGAUCGAAACCCUUUGCAGACCUCAUCCGAACAUUGCGAAAACUGCAACAAGGAGCGGGAGAAGCGCAAACAGAGCAAGGUGAAGCGGAGGCUGGGACUGGCAGCUAUACUUUACUUUCUCUUCAUGGUGGGGGAACUUGUGGGUGGAUAUGUUGCAAACAGCCUUGCAAUCAUGACUGAUGCUCUCCAUAUGCUUUCUGACCUGAGUAGUAUUAUACUGACCUUGCUUGCCUUGUGGCUGUCUGCAAAGUCUCCAACCAAGCGUUUCACCUUUGGAUUUCAUCGAUUUGAAGUUUUAUCAGCAAUUAUCAGUGUUUUAAUGGUGUACAUACUCACAGGCUUUUUGUUGUAUGAAGCAAUUCAACGUACAAUAAAUACGGAAUAUAACAUUAAUGGAGAUGUAAUGCUCAUAACAGCAGCGGUCGGAGUUGCUGUAAACCUCAUAAUGGGAUUUUUAUUGAAUCAGACAGGUCACCCACAUUCUCACUCUCAUGGUCCUGCAACAGACUCGCUCCCCAGUUCUCAUGGGCAUAGCCACGGGAGUCUGGCAGUGAGAGCUGCCUUCGUACAUGCACUGGGAGAUCUUGCACAGAGUGUUGGUGUACUUAUCGCUGCUUACAUUAUUCGAUUCAAGCCAGAAUACAAAAUUGCAGACCCAAUCUGUACCUACAUAUUUUCAGGACUUGUUUUUGUUACUACUCUAAAGUUAUUAAGAGACACUAGCCUGAUAAUACUUGAAGGAGCUCCAAAGCAUCUGAAUGUCGAUCAAAUUAAAGAGGACUUGAUGAAAAUAGACGAUGUGUAUUCAGUAGAAGACAUUAAUGUCUGGUUGCUCACAACUGGAAAAUCCUCAGCCAUAAUACGUUUACAGCUAAACCCUGAUUCUUCAUCAAAGUGGGAAGAAGUACAGAACAAGGCCAGACAUUUGCUGCUUAAUAGAUACCGAAUAUAUAAGUGCUUUAUCCAGAUGCAAAGCUUCAGGCAAGAAGAGAACACUUGUGCUAACUGUGCCAGUGCCUAAGUACAGUGGACAAAUGCCUUACGACUUAAACACCAGGUCUAAAAGACAUCAAUAGCAAUAUUGUUAAGUGGAGUUUUCACUAUAUAUUUCUAAAAAGAAGCACACCCUAUUUCAAUGGAAUAAGUUAUAUGUUAAAAAAAAAUACCUUCAGCAAAGAUUUUAGACCAAUUUUGAACGUGUUUACAGAUUUCAGCAAGUUUGCACAUGCCUCUGUUUGGACUAAUAUAAUAUAGCACAUAAAGCCCACAGUGAGGGUCCAAAGUACACUAUUUUGAAUACAUUAUUUAAAACUUAAUUUUAGGAAACUAAGUUUUAAAUGUAUAUUGUUUGAAAAGCUAAAUGGGAACUUUUUAUUUCCAUAAAACUUCCUUUUUAUCGUAUAGCCAGAAAUGGGAUCAUUUAAAAAAAAAAAGACAAAGUAAUGAGCGCAAAAAGAUUAGCUUGCCUCAAUGCAAACAUUUUAAAACUGACAAGUUUUUAAAACCAUAUUUGUUUCUCUUCAAUUCUAAGUCAUAUGUUUGCAGGACUUCAGUGCACCUUAAAGUUUAGAGUUAAAAGUAUUGAUGAAAACAAAGUCACAGACCACUACCAUUUAGGGCUGCAUUAAAGCCCAAUGCCUAUGUCUCUGAGACAUUACAACAUUGUAAGUUCAUUCUGUUUACAUCAAGCUUCCAGAUUGUUUUGAAUUUGUUUUUGUAUUUCUUAUUUUGUUCAGCUGGGCCUUUAGCAGUAAGCCUUAAAGCGAUAUUUUCUGCAAAAAUGAUAAUGAAUUACUGACUCUAGCUAACCUUUGUUUAAACACAUAUGUAAAGUCCCAAGCAGCAAACCACUGGUGAGCAGUUGCACUACCCAAUAAUCACUGGGUCGGUUUUGCUCAGUAACUGCAGUGUUUGAGGCUCAGGAAUAGAAAUGUAUCUGUGUAUUUAACCUAUUUUGCAGCAGAUCACAGAGUUAGCUAGGGCCAAUAAAGCUCUAAACAAAUUAGCUUGCGUCAUUUUUGAAUGAGAAUGUCCCUUUUAAGUACGUUUGUACUAAACCAAAACACUUAAUGAUCUGGCUUAAUAAUUGCAAUUGAGUCCAUUUACUAAGAUUACACACUCCAUAUCAGUGUUUUUGCCAAUUCUUUUCGGCUAACAUAUUUAAAUUAGCAAGGCUACCGUGCCAACUGUCGUUAUGGUAUUCUCAUUGAAGAGUUAUUGGGAACAUGAAGCAAUUCUAUCCUCUAUCCAGUGUUUUACACAUAUUUGCAACUGCCAGAUUUAGAUUAUAUUUUUUUACGAAAAACACUUAGUUGUAGUAAAUGUGCUUUUCAAGCUACUGUAAUUAUUAAAAAAAAAAUGUAUUAAAGAAAUGACCGGAUCAGCAUUUCCUUCAAAUGCAUAUAUUUAUAAACACUAUUAAUUUUAUGAUAACAGUACAGUUUUGUUUUUUUAUAUAAUAAAUAUAUAUACACAUACACACUUGGUACUAAGAAUAUUUGUAUUACUCUGGAAUGCCAACACCAUAGAUUACCAAAAAAAUAAAUGCCUACAGUGUUUUCAACUGCAUACAUUUAAACGUGAAGUUGUUUGCAAUGUUAUUUAACUGCAAGAUGUUCCCAAAUUCUAAUUAUAAAUACUUUUUUUUUUUAAAGUUAAUGUGACCAUUAUUUACAAAAGUUGUAUGUAUAUAUUUAAAAUUGUAGAGCUCUCCAAGUUUUGACAGCAUUCAAAUUAAAUUUUGUGCAACUAUCUUUAUGGACUGAAUACAGGUAUGAGAUGACUCAGUCAUACAUAUUUGGAUAUUUUGCUUAAUAGUCUCCCCCCCCCCCCCCCAAAAAAAAAAAAAUGGCUGCUUACAAAUGUAUGUUUAAUGACUUUCAGCUUUUUAUUAGGAAAAAAAUAGAUACAUAUUUCUGUAACAAUUAUAAUAUUCCAUUUACAAUGCUGUGAUAAAGUAUUUAUUACAAAAUAAACUACUUUUAUUUACUGUAUAAUGAUUGAAAUGGUACAAAGAUGAUAAAAUAAAAACAGAUUUAAAAUUAA